CUCUCAGCUGCACGGCCAACUUUAUGCAGCCAGCUCAAAGCUUCCGAACCCGGCAUGGGCCAAGCAUCUUCCCCUCUCCUCUCCUGAGUCCUGAUGGUCGUCUAGUUCCCAAUGACGAAUCACAGACACCGCCACGACGAACGUGCCGCCCACCUGUACAGAGUACUCUCCACUGUACUCCCCACACGGAGAAAUCUGCAGGGGUUGACGGCUGGAUUCCUCAUUGGGACAAGGUGGGAGAUUCAUCUGAAGGCGCUGGGUUUGAAAGGAGGCACCGCCCGACAAGCCAUGCAUCCCGUGGGUUCGGCCAAAGAAAAACAGCAAAACAAAAGAAAACCACAACAACGCUGGACAUCCCACCUUUGGGAAGCGUAGCGUCUUUAACAACAGAUCAACCUUCGGCUUGACUCUUCUUCAGCCACACACGUCUUCUUCCUCUCUUUCCUCUCUAUCUCUCUGUUACGUCGGCUCCCUUCUUCCAGUGCUUCCAGCAUUGUCAUUGUCUGUGCGACUCGCCGGCACGUCCAUCGACGAUCAAAUCUCCCGCCUUUCCCCUCCACAAGGCCCUCCUCUAAGCCCAGCCCAGCCCAGCUCAGCUCAGCGUUGGGAUUGCGGCGCAACGUCAUUGACGGGGCGACUCCAUUCCGUCUCUUUCGCCUGUACAGAUACGUCCCCUGAACCGUCGCCGCUGCCGCCGCCUUCGGCUCCAGGUGCACUGCAACGACCACUACACUACGACGGGCACACGACUCUGCCGUCCUCUCUCCUCCCAAUUCCACGGCGCUGGAUGUCCCACGACACCUCAAUUGCAACACAUUCGUCGCCAUUUGCCCUAUUCGCCGUCAGCCUUCGCCGUCGCCGAUACACCGGAGAAAUCACACGCAUACAGCGCGGAUAGCCUCCGGCCCAUGACUCGGGUUUACCCACGAUAGGGGGGUCUUGGUAAAGAUCCCGCACUAACGGGUCCUCCUCGGUGGAGAGACGAACGGCGACGACCCAGAGAAAACAGGACACAGUGGACGAGCGACAUCCUUUCCUUUCUUCUGUCUCUCUCUCUCUCUCUUUAUCUCUCUCGCCCGUCCCCGCCGCCGCCGCCGAUAACGACAGCGACCCCGGACCCGGGUCCUCGAUCGACGUCGACCACGCGUCGUAGUCGACAUGGCAUCAUCCUACGCCUUGCCAUCCUCCGCCUUACCGCACGCCCACCAUCAUCACAUGCACUCCCACUCACACUCGCCGCCGUCUCUCCAUGCUUUGAAGUCGACAAUGUCCAACGGCGGGCUGCACACUCACAGCCAGAGCCAAGACUCGAUUGGCAGCGGCCACAACCACGAUCACGAUCACUCGCAGAAUCACAAUGGCCACACGCACGGCGGCCACUCGCACUACCGCGCGAACUCGAGCCAAUCUUCCUUUCCCCGAGAAAAAGCGCCGCCUCAAUCGCUCGCGACAAUGGACGGCUGGAAGACGGACAUUACGCCAAGCGGACGCCAGCUGUUGACCCCCACGACAGGAUCUUUCUCAGCAACGUUCCAGCCUCUCAACGGCACGACGACGACCACGACGACAGACCACCACCACCAUAACCACGAUCACGAUCAUGAUCACGAUCACAAUCACUCCCAUGAUCACGAUCACGGCCAUUGCGAUGGGCAUGACCAUCAUGGUCAUUCGCACGCUCACAGCCACAGUCACGGCCACAAUCACUCGCACGAACACGACCACGCGAAACCGUCAUUGUUCACAAGGGUUCUGCUGAAGUACACGCCAGCCGUUCCGGUCCUUCACACCAUUCUCGUCGAGAAGGACUCGAGGAGGAUCUUCUACUUCAUGACUCUCAACUUCGGCUUCAUGGCCGUGCAGGCCUUUUACGGCUACGUCACCGAUUCUCUCGGUCUGCUGAGCGACACGAUCCACAUGUUCUUCGACUGCUUCGCCCUCUUCGUCGGACUUUGCGCCGCGGUCACGAGCAAGUGGCCUCAGAGCCAGCGUUUUCCCUUUGGGUUAGGGAAGAUCGAGACGCUGAGCGGCUUCGCCAACGGUAUCUUGCUGAUGCUGCUGAGCGUCGAGAUCAUUGUGGAGGCUUUUGAGCGGAUAUGGGAAGGCCAGGAACUCCACCGACUGCGAGAGCUUCUGAUUGUCAGCUUUCUCGGCGGCGUCAUCAACCUGCUGGGUCUGUGGGGCUUCGGCCAUCAUCACGGGCACGACCACGGUCAUGGGCACUCUCACUCACACGGCGAACACGAUCACGGACACGAUCACUCGCACGGGAAGAAGCACAGCCACGCGCACUCGCAUCACAACGACAACAUGGAGGGCAUCUUUCUGCACGUUUUGGCCGACACAAUGGGCAGCGCGUCGGUGGUGGUGUCGACAAUCCUGACGUACUACACGGGAUGGACGUUCUGGGACCCGCUGGCGUCGUGCGCGAUCGCGGUGCUCAUCUUCCUCGCGUCGAUCCCGCUCAUCAAGUCGUCGGCGCGCAACCUGAUGCUCAACGUGCCAGACGACGUCGAGUACAACCUGCGCAACACGCUCGCGGGGAUCCUACAGCAAAAGGGCGUCGUCAACUACUCGGUGCCCAAGUUCUGGAUGGAUGACCGCAGCAGCGAGGACUCGGGCGACAAGCUGCAGGGCAUCGUGCACGUGGUAGCGGGCCGGGGCGCCAGCCUGGACGAGGUGCGGGAUCGGGUGCGGGACUACCUCCUCAAGAACUCGAUGGACAUUGUGGUGCAGGUCGAGAGGGAGGGCGACAGCAGUUGCUGGUGCGGCGUGGGACGGUCGACGGGGCUGGCUACGACGCCGCUCAAGGCGAGGGCUUUCUAGGAGAGCUCGGCGCCGGAGAGACCCAUGGCGAAGACGAUGGAGCCGUUGGCGGAUGACGAUGUCUACGCGAAGCGGGAUUAAGGAACGUCUGGUCUCUAUGGAUAAUCUUAUUCUUCCGUAGAUGGUUUGGGCAGUGGGAAAAGGCACGCAAAGAACCGUGUGCAGGCUUGGCGACAGAUGAAAGCCCCUCUUCUUGGAGAAAAGAAGGGGUUUCGCGAGUCGCGGCAGAUAUUGGACCCCCCCCCCCCGCAGCCUGCCGCUUUGAGGCGCUGUUGAUUCUCGUUCGGCUUGUUGCGGUUGUGUGGCUUUCUUGACCUACGACUUUUUUUCUUCUAUUUUUUUCCCCUCUGGAGGUCUUGGGACGGUUUACACACCGCGACUCGACAUCAUCACAGGGCGGCAUAGCGAUAAGUCAUACAGAGACUUAUAGGGGUAGGGUGUGCGGUGCGACAAAUUAGGAGAGGAGAGAAAAGAGCAAAAGACAAAACAAAGGUAGAAAAAAAUAUUAGAUACCCACCUAAGGCCAAAGAGGUUCGUUGCAGCAAGUGAUGGCGACUUGGCGCGAGACAUCCGUCAACCCGACAUGCUACAGGAAAAUGAGG